AUGAUUAAUUGUGUUGUGUUGCUACAUUUGAUGUUGUACUCGAUGAGAAAAACUAUAUACGAUUCCCAUUAUGUUAAGCUUGAUAAAAAAACUAGGAGAAAAAUGAGAUUGCACAACUUGAAUAGAAUGAUUAGAGAAAGUGACACUUUGUGUAGGAACUAUCUUCGUAUAAAUCGAUACACAUUUGGUGUUCUUUUAGAGAUGGUUAGAGAUAUUGGUGGAUUAAAUGAAACAAGAAACACAUGUUUGGAAGAGAUGGUUGCGGGUUUCUUAUACACAUUAGCUCACCAUAAGAAAAAUAGAAUGAUGGGUGCACAUUUUUAUAGAAGUGGUGAAACUAUUAGUAGACAAUUUCAUGCUUGUUUGUUAGCAAUCUUAAAGUUACAUGAUAUUCUUCUUAAGAAACCAACACCAAUACAAGAGGAUUGCAACGAUGAAAGAUGGAAAUAUUUCAAGAAUUCAUUAGGUGCCCUUGAUGGUACAAUGAUUCUAGUGAAUGUUCCUUGUGAUGAGCGAUCCAAAUAUCGGACUAGAAAAGGUACCCUUGCUAUGAAUGUAUUAGGAGUAUGUUCACCCGAGAUGGAAUUUAUAUAUGUCUUACCUGGUUGGGAGGGGUCGGCACACGAUGGUCGGAUUCUUCGAGAUGCUAUUUCUAGGCCUAAUGGGUUGAAAGUUCCAAAAGGUUGUUAUUAUCUAUGUGAUGGAGGAUAUACUAAUGGAGAAGGAUUCCUUGCACCCUAUAGAGGGCAUCUUUAUCAUCUUAGAGAAUGGAAUAAUGGCCCCCGACAACCCCAAACCGCCGAAGAAUAUUUCAACUUAAGGCAUGCAAAAGCUAGAAAUGUGAUUGAGAGAUGCUUUGGAUUACUCAAGGGAAGAUGGGGGAUUCUUAGAAGUCCUUCUUGGUUUAGUUUACAAACACAUGGUCGAAUUGUACUUGCUUGUGCUUUAUUACAUAAUUUGGUAAAGAGAUACAUGCUUGCAGAAUUUGAUGAUGAGGACUUGUUUGAGGAAAAUGAUAGUGAUGAUAAUGAUGGUGAUGAUAAUGAUGGUGAUGUUAAUGAGGAAGAUGAUGUGGAGUACAUAACCUCCAUUGCUGUAACCGAUCCAUGGACGAAUUUCCGAAAUACAAUGGCCCAACAUAUGUUCAAUGAUUGGAGGGCUAGACAACGCAGACUUACUUUGUGAUGUUAUUCAUUUUUAUUUAAAACCUCCAUUUCUUGUAUUUGAUUUUCAGACUUGUAUGUUUAUUUCUUGUAUUGAAUAUUUGUUGGUUCAUUCCAUUUUUAUAUACAUGCAAUUUUGUUUACUAUGAUCA